CGCAAAAUCCACCGCAGGCAGGGGGAGGAUCAUUGAAGCAACGGCGAGAUGGCCGACGACGGCGACUCUGUGUGCACGCCGCAAGUGGCGGGCAUUGGACCUAUGGCACCUGUCCUGUCAAGGACACAGUCCGACAUGACAAGCCGCGGACCUUUGCAUCGGCGACGUUUCCUGAACAAGUCCAGCAAACGAGCACUUUUGUUCUCCCCGGAUGAGGGCGGCAAACGAUCCCGAUCCGCGACGACCGAGUCGGAGCGAUCACCUCCGAGGCCGAUAACUUCCAAAGGAAAGUUGUUUGAUCGGGACGAAUCAUGUGAAUGGAAUGAACUACCGCCAUCACUUGUUCCAACGAAUUUGGAGCAUCGCAGCCACUCGUGCCCCGGUCCGAUGCCAACGCUGGAAGUUUACGUCCCGCUUCUCCCGUUGAUCAAGUCAAGCAAACUCCCCGACUUGAACGUGAUCUCUCCAGCCACCGUCCAGAUGCUUCUCGACGGGUCAUUCAACGACGUCCUGCAUGGUUUCCACUUUAUCGAUUGCCGGUUUGACCACGAAUUUGUCGGCGGCACCUUGCAAGGCGCCAAAUCUCUCAUGUUGCCACAGGACGUCGAAGCCGAGUUCUUCCACCCCAAAGCGUACCUCACGAGCAAACGAACGGCGCUCAUCUUGUUCUGCGAAUACUCUGCCCAGCGCGCUCCAAAGAUGUAUCGCUUCUCUCCUCCACCCCCCUCCAUGACAACCUUGGAUAGGGCACGGCACAUUCGAAACCUGGACCGCCGUCUCCACGCCGACAAGUACCCGACACUACAUUACCCCGAGUUGUACGUGAUUGAUGGCGGGUACAAGCACUGUUUUGAAUCGCACCAGGGCGUGUGCGCUCCACCCGCGUCGUAUGUCGCCAUGGACCAUCCCGACCACGUCGAAGCGUGCAAGAAAGCACUCAGUGGACUGCGAUCGAGCUGGAAAAAGCUCCGCACUCCGUCCAAGGCAUCUCCAAAGUGGUGUUAAUGCGGCCAUGCUAAUAUAUUCAACGUAAAACAGCGA